GGGUGUAAAAAAAGCCGAGCAGCUCAGUAACCUGUUGGCCACGAAGGUAGUUAGACGAUGGACAGGGCCAAUUUGAAAGUCGUCGUUGUUGGUGGUGGCUUAGUGGGCUCUUUAAUCGCUACCUACUUUGGACAACGUGGCUACAAUGUACAUCUGUACGAGUACAGAGAAGACAUUAGGACGAGUGAGCUUGUCCAAGGAAAGUCCAUUAACCUCGCGCUUUCUGUGAGGGGCUUAAAAGCACUAGAAGGAAUCGGAAUCGCCGAUAGCGUGAGGGCGUACGGCAUACCAAUGUACGGCAGGAUGAUUCAUUCCGUCACAGGAAAGACCAGGCCCAUCCCGUACGAUCCAGUGUACCAACAAUGUAUAUAUUCCGUCGGAAGAAAGCACAUAAACGAAGUCCUAUUGAACGAGGCUGAGAAGAUGCCGAACCUGCAUCUCAAUUUCGAUAGAAAGCUUGUCGCCCUGGACCUGGAGGAGAAGAAACUUAAGUUCAAGAGUGCCCAAGGGAAAAUUGAAGAAGUCAGAGCUGAUUUAAUCAUCGGUGCGGACGGUGCUUUUUCUGCAGUGAGGUCCGAAUUGUUGAAAAGAUCGCGGAUCAACUUCAGCCAAACGUACAUCGAACACGGCUACUUGGAAUUGGCCAUUCCUCCGGAGAACAACCACAAAAUGCAAGGGAAUCAUUUACAUAUAUGGCCGAGGGACGAGUUUAUGAUGAUCGCCCUGCCGAAUCAAGACGACAGCUGGACCGUCACUCUGUUCAUGCCUCACACUCAAUUUUCCAUGUUGGACAAGAAGGACAAACUUCUUAGAUUCUUCCGGGACAAGUUCCCAGACGCUAUAGAUCUCAUAGGUGAAAAAUCCCUGAUCGACACUUACUUCUCUACCAAGCCUUCGUUCUUGAUUUCAAUCAAGGUUUCCAAAUACAAUUACAAAGACCACGUGGUCCUUGUUGGAGACGCGGCCCAUGCGAUGGUACCGUUCUACGGCCAAGGAAUGAACGCCGGUUUUGAAGAUUGCCGUUUGCUCGACGAUUUUCUACACAACCGAGGUCUGACAAUCAGGGAGGGUUUGGAAGAAUAUUCAAAAAGCAGAAAUCCAAACGCCGAAGCGAUUUGCGACCUAGCGAUGUAUAACUAUAUCGAGAUGAGGCACCUAGUAAACACGACUUCUUUCAUAGUAAGGAAAUUCUUCGACAACUGCCUUUACAGGAUCGUCCCGUCUCUAUGGAUCCCUCUUUACCAGUCAGUCACAUUCUCGAAUAUGGAUUACCUCAAUUGCAUAAAGAAUAAAAAAUGGCAAGACAUGUCACUUGAAAAAUUUCUUUACGCCUUCGGGGUGACAAGUGCAGCUUUGGCUUUCAUCACCAUGUUCAAGAUUACAACCAAAUAAAACCUCAAAUUGAAACAUUU